AUGUCCUCCAACACGACAACUCCGGAGCAGCAGGCCUCUCUAGAAUACCAAAAAGCACAUCUCCACGAGGAUCGGGGCCCGGAGGUGCUAGCUGCCUGCGUCGUUAGUAUUGUGUUUUGCGUAUUGGCGGUGAUCCUUCGAAUAUGGGCCCAGUUCAUCAUUCACAAAGUGUUUACGGCCGACAGCAUCUUAAUCUAUAUUGCUGCGGUAAUAGCGAUCGCAACGGCAGCAUGUACUAUUGCCGCCGUUCAAAGUGGACUGGGAAAGCAUCAGCUCCGUGUCAUGGCGAUCGAUCCGGACCCGCCAGCCAAAACGGCUUUCAUCUUUGAAAUGGGUUAUUGUGUGACCGUGCUUCAAGCCGCCGCGUUGAUGUUCACCAAACUGUCGAUUCUGCUGUUCUACCAGCGAGCGUUCACAACCGUGCUCCGGCCCGUGAAAUGGACCAUCUGGAUACUCUUCUAUUACUGUAUCGGGUUGGGCAUUGGGUCGAUGGUGGAAUUCAUCUGCGCGUGCAUUCCCCCGCAGAUGUUUUGGCUGCGGGUGUAUCCCAUUUUUGGCUACCCGCUGCCGGAGCCUCUCGAAGAGAAUUGCCUUCCGCAGCAACUGCACCUGGGAGUCCCGCUGCUGUUGGAUCUGGCGUCCGAGAUCGUCAUGCUCGCGGUGCCUGCCAUCGUGCUGUGGAACCUCCAACUUCCUCUCCGCAAGAAGAUCGGGUUGACGUUCGCCUUCUCCAUGGGUAUCUUCGUCACAGCCAUUUCGGUAAUCCGGUUCUACUACUCGUGGCACAUGGUCAACGACGGCGAUCUCUCCUGGGACGACACGGACAGCUUCAUGUGGACCUCGGUGCAAGUCUGCUUCGGCAUUACCACCGCCUGCAUUCCGGCGUGCGCGCCCUUGUUGCGGAUGGUCCAGGCGCAUACCACGCGCAAAGCCACGUACGGCAGCAGUUUCAAGUCGAAUUUCACCAGCCAUUCGAAACCGAAAACUGAAACGGAAAGCGUGGUGAAUCUGGCGCAUACGACGUGGGAUGACGUGGAGCAAGUGCCGUGGUCACGCAACCGCUGCGAGAUUCGAUCGGAGAGAGGAGCUCAGCCUAUCCCGAUGCAACCGCUGGGGAUUCAAGUGUCGCACGACGUGCAACCUCCUACAACCCCUACAACCCCGUCCAGCAGCAACGUCGCAACGUCAAUCGUUCAACCCACAAUCAUGUCCCCCGCCCAGGAGAAAUCCCCUUACGAUUGGAGAUUCUGGUUGGUUUUCACCGGUCUGGCCGUCACCUCCCUUUUGACUGCCGUGGAAUCGACAGUCACCUCGACGGCUCUUCCCACCAUUUCGCGCGACCUGAACGCAGGCGAGGCCUAUAUUUGGUUUGUCAAUGCGUUCUUUCUCUCGAGCACCGCGUUCCAGCCCCUCUACGGUCAGCUAGCAGAUGUCUUUGGACGGCGAUGGCCUCUGAUCUCCGCCGUCUCGUUCUUUGCCCUCGGAAGUGGGAUUAGUGGAGGCGCGAAGUCGACGGCCAUGCUCAUCGGAGGACGAGCCGUCCAGGGAAUAGGACUCGGUGGUGUGAACAUGUUGAUCGAUAUUGUGGUCUGCGAUCUGGUUCCCCUCCGCGAGCGAGGCCAGUUCAUGGCUUUGAUCUUCGUCGUUUUCGCCGUCGGAUCGUCCAUUGGCCCGUUUGUCGGCGGCGCCUUGACACAGCAUGUUACCUGGCGAUGGUCGUUCUACAUCAGUCUACCGAUCGCGGGCGCUGCCUUGCUGCUGAUGCUGCUGUUCUUGCAAGUGAAAUAUCAGAAAGAGACUACCUUGGCACAGAAGUUGAAACGAAUUGACUGGCUGGGCAAUACCCUGCUGAUCGCGGCGGUGGUAGCAGUCCUUAUCGCGCUCAGCUUCGGCGGGACAAUCUACGCGUGGUCGAGCUGGCAUGUCAUCGUACCCCUUGUCCUUGGACUGUUGGGUCUUGUCGCCUUUCACGUUCUCCAGACGACGCGACUCUGUCCCGAGCCGACAAUCCCUCCGCGACUCUUCAUGAACCGUACCUCGCUCGCUGCCUUCAUCCUCAGUUUCUUGCACGGCAUGCUCCUCUACUGGGCCAUUUACUUCCUCCCGGUCUAUUUCCAAGGCGUCAAGCUCAGCACACCCACCCGUUCCGGCGUCCAAGUCCUCCCCACAGUCAUCGUGGUCGUUCCCGCCGCGAUCUUCGCCGGUGCCAUCCUCACCAAGACCGGCAAGUACAAAUGGAUCCAAAUCGCCGGCUUCGCGUUCAUGACCCUCGGCAUGGGUCUAUUCACCCUCCUCGACAAAGACUCGGACACGGGCAAAUGGACCGGGUUCCAGAUCCUCGCGGCCAUCGGAUCCGGUCUGGUCAUUACCUCCACCCUGCCCGCCGCUCAGGCCGAGCUUCCAGAGAGCGACGUCGCCGCGUCGACCGCCACGUGGGCAUUCCUGAGAUCCUUCGGCUCGGUCUGGGGCGUGUCCAUCCCCGCUGCUAUUUUCAACAACCGGUUCGCGUCCAGCGUUGCCGCCGCCGGUUUGGAUCAGCACCCGGAGGCCGGGGCCAUUCUGCGCGUCAGCGAUGCAUAUCAGCAAGCAUCUCGCGACUUUGUGCACAGCUUCCCCGAGGAGCUGCAGACUGAUAUCGUUCAGGCUUAUACCGACGCGCUGCAACGCGUGUGGCAGAUCUCGAUUAUCUUUGCGGGUCUAGGGUUUCUGGUGGCGUGGUUGGAGAGGGAGGUUGAACUGCGGACGACGUUGGAGACAGAAUAUGGUAUGAAGGAUCGUGAGGGUGAGAAAGGGGAUGAGGAGAAGGUCGAGGAAAGGGUGGGAACUACAGACCAUUAUUUAGUCAGUUUAUCUGAAGUCGGCGGAUUGAUCGUCCUGGCAUCCUCCGUAGAUGCCUCAGGUCAUUCCCCCAUGGUCUUUUUAUAUCGCAUUGCUAUGAACUACCGAGAGCGAAUCGAAGUCCUGUCCCGAUGUUUACUGUUCUACACCUCCACGACGAUCGAUCCGAGAGACAAGUAUCCUGAGCUUCAAACAUUCCAGCCAGAACAAUAUGCCUUCCAGUCAGGCAUAGCAUGA